CACAGUCCAAAGGCUGAAAGAAAAUUCCAUUUCUGUCAGCGCCAGAGCCCCAUCCAAGGGAGACAAUACGAGGGAAAUCACAGUGAACUUUGAAGCUCUAUCAUGGCGACAGUUGCAGAUUCAGAAGAGAAAUCAGAGUUGUCGCCUGGUGAUCACCGACAUAAAUCAUGGAUCGAAUACGGCGUUCAAGAAGCUCAGCUCAUGCAGAAAAACCUCGAAAAGACUGUCAAUUCUGCCAUUGAAACCGCUAGUACUCGUCUUUCUGAAAUUCGCUCCACAUCUUAUGCUCAUACUCUUAUGACUAUAGAUAUGUUGCAAGAUAUGAUGUCCGAUUACCAUGCUUACGAGGAUAUUUUCUUUGGGAAGAUCAAAGAGGGUCUUACUGUUGCAGCUUCAAAUCCAAUGGUUACCUGUGGGGUAGCAGCUGGUUUGGGAAUUUUGACAUUGAAAAGGCCAAGACGUUUCUUGUAUUAUGGUAUUCAACGCCUUUUGUUGAGUGAAGAGGCCUUGGUUUCCAGAGCUGAUGCCAAAGUCAAGGAGCUAAGGCAAUCUAUUGAACUUUUGAAGGCUGAAAGUGAGAAGUUGGAGAAGAAAGCUUUACAAGCAGAGGAGGAGAUGAAACGGGGAAGAACAAAACUUAGACAGGCAGGGAAUCAGAUCCAAGGCGUAAUUCGUUCAGCUUAUAAGAUUGAAAGACAAGCAAGAGGCAUGAAAGAUGUUGUUGGAGAACUUUCUAGCGGACAGGCUUCUCUAUUCAGAUCACAGGUUUCUAAGCUUGCUUCUGAGGCAAAGCGAGAAAGAAACGUCUUGACAAAAGAAGUUUCCAAAAUCAGUAACUAUGGAAUUUCGGUAUAAGAUGUAAAAGGAGAUGGAGAUCUCAUCUCAGCACACAAAAAGCAAGAGUUUGUAAUGUUUUGCCUGGGAUUUGCAGAGUAAAGACAGUUUGUAAUCGUAGCGCCUUUUGUAAAUCUGAUAUCUCCUUAAAAAAAUUGGGUCGUACUCCCAGUUUUGCAGAUUUGAUCUGCAGAGGCACUGAUUAAUGCUCAGGUUGGUUGACUUGAUUGUAUUCUUAACCUAUAUAUGCAGUUUUGGACUUCCCAUCAACCAUUGCUAGCUCUAAUUUAAAGGGAACAUUUUUAUCACAACAUUGAUGUUAACAGAUAAGCAGUUUUCAGGGGGCAAGGAGUUGUUUAUUGACAAUUGUAGAAAGUUUUUUGUUGCUCUAUAAAUGUGAAAUGAGUUUCAACUGUAUGA